AUGUUACUACCUGUGCUACGAGCGUCGUCGAGAAUUGUUAUGAGACAUUCGGUUGUCUUCAAUUGUAUACGACUACAAUCCAAUAAACCCGAAAGGUCACAACAAAUUAAUGAAUUGAAAUUGCGGGAAAUUAUUGAGGGAACCAAUUUUGGGACCGAGGCUACAAAGAAACGUAAGCUCGAGGAAGAGCGCAAGAAAUUGGAGAAGGAGCGUGAAGCAGAAAGACAACGAGAGGAAAAGAAAGAAAGGGAGGCCAAACUUGAAGAGGCAAACAAGCAAAACGAAGCAGAUUUCUCUUCGACAAAAACGGGGAAACUCAAAGGCGAAGAUAGUGAGGUUGAUCAUAAGAAGGAUGAGGGCCUUCGUAUUGAGAAUAAAAUAAUUGCAACUACCGAUAGCUCUGUUGAUGCCACUGAUAUUCCAAACAUUGCUGAAGAAGUGAAUGAAACCAUACAGAAGGAAAUUGGUGGUUUACCCUCGGAGAAACAAAAAAAACAGAGUGCAUUGACCAAAAAGAUUACUCAAUAUUUGGACUCUGCGCAUGAUACAAUUCUCACAGUAACCAGAGCACUCAAUGAUGUCACUGGGUACUCUGCAAUUGAGCGUUUGAAAAAAUCAAUUGAAGAACAGGAAGAAGACUUGAAGAAUGCCAAGAAAUAUGUGAAGGAAUGCAAGCUCACUUAUGGCGAUGCCAUCCAAAAACGUUCACAUUCUCAAAGAGAGGUUAAUGAGCUUUUAACUAGGAAACAUAAUUGGUCGCCAGAAGAUCUCGAACGGUUUACCGAGUUAUACAGAAAUGAUCACGAAAACGAUGUUUGGGAAAAAGAAUGCGAAAAGAAAUUGGAAGAAGCCGAGCUGAAAGUCGAUGCAGUGCAGCUCAAAUUGACACAACUGAUUUUGACACGGUACCAUGAAGAACAAAUUUGGUCCGACAAGAUCAGAAGGUCAUCAACUUGGGGGACAUGGGUUUUGAUGGGACUAAAUGUGUUGUUAUUUGUAUUUGCCACAUUCCUAGUCGAGCCAUGGAAGCGAAAGAAAUUGGUUUUAGGGUUUGAAGAUAAAGUCAAAACUGUACUUGUUGGAAUAGCACAAGAGAAUGAUGCUGUGUUGAAUCCGAUUAUUGAAAAGCUCGACCAAGAACAAAAAGAUGGAAGUACGGGUCACAACUUGGAAAAAUCAGGGUACUUGACGCUGGAAGAUGAAGGUGGUCAAACAACAAGUUUACCCGCUUCAUUAGAUUCUACAUCAUCACAACCACCGUCAGCACCGGUAUUAUCAAAAGAACAGCAGGGUUCACGAAUAUUACGCGCUAAAGCGUCUAUAAAGUUUUUUAUAUUACAAGCUCAAUAUGCAAUUGUUAGCAGUUGGCAUCGAGUGCGUGUCACGUGCGUCAAGAGUUAUACAGCAUUAACCACUCCCAGCAUCGAAUUUUUGAAGCUAGAUAAGGUUGAGUUUGGACUCUACACAUUCAUCAUUAGUAUAUUGUCAUGUGGUCUUGGAAGCUUGGCCACCAUCUACUGUAGGUAA